GCAGCGGCUUCUCAGUCCCAGCUCUAAUUGUAAGCCAGCAGUCGCAGGGAGAGGUGAGAGGGGGGAAGGCUAGAUAGCGGAACCCAGAAGUGGAAUCAGGAAGCCGAAUUGGGAUGCAGGUCAUCACGAAUAUCAAGGGCCUGCCGGUGGAUCUCAGAACAUGGGCUGCUAAGAGAUGCUAAGAGAUGAAGGAAAGGAGAUGCAUUGAGAUAAGGUGAGAACAGUGUAAUCCUUGAAGAGUCUAUGAAAUACUUUGUCAUUGCUAACAUUGGAGAACCGGCAGUGUAAGCCUAUCCAGGGACUUCAUGUUGCUUUAAAUAAAAACCUUAAUUGCCCUGGCUUGUAAAGUGCAAGAUACCCUUUCAGAGAAAGGGGCAGCUCUUCUUACAGGCAACCAAUAGCCUAGCUGUCCUACAAGAACGUGAACUGGGAGUUGGGAGAAGGCAAGAUGUUAACCAAGCCUUUCAUAAUCACCUAGGAUCACAUAGUAGUAUGUCAGCUCUGACAGAACUAGCAUUUUCCAUUCUAGAAAAGAGGUAAUAUAAGAGUUUGAUUUUUCCUUCAAACUUCUGGAUGAUAGAAACUGACCGCAAAGCUGAAUUCAGAUUUUAUUCUAUUUAUCUUUGUUUUUUUUUAAAGCUUGGAUCCAAAUUAAUUUCAUGCCAUUUUUAAAGACUAAUAUACGAAGUGCCUUACUGAAGGAUCUCUUUUCUCCACUCUGAAGAGGAACUGAACUGUUCUUAGCAGCCACAGUGAAACAGAGCCUGAAAUCAGCACACCACUUUGGAUUAUGUUCUGGAAAAUUGCAGACCAAAGAAGCCAAUAAUCUGGGUGCUUUAUGUUGUGUAUUAAGUGUGCUGGAUGUUCUUUGCUGGAGGUUAGAACUCCAGGAAAGGUGAACCAUAGUGGAUUUGAUUUUAUUGGAAACUGCUGUAGUUUCUCUGCUGGCUCUGUGUCUGGCAUCUCCAGUUCUGAAUUGUGCUUGAUGGGGGUUUUUCCUAGGGGUGCCAACUUUGCAACUAAGGACAGAAUACCAGAGUUGGGAGACUUGGCUUCUAUGUGCCAAAAGCCAUAUCAGCUUAACCCCCAAACAAAAGUCUGUUGUUCUAACAGUUGCCUUCUAUACUAUAUCAAGAAGGAGAACUACAUAAUUGUGCAACGUAACGUCUAAGAUGGAACUCAAAGAGGCUCAUCAUGCCAAUGGAGUGGUGCUACCCAUUGUUGCUGGGCCUAUAGACUGUCUCUCCAGCCCUGACCGAGAACAUCUCGUCGAGUCUUCAGAAUUUUUAGGACCAGAAGAAGGAGGAGGCAUGGAAGUGGUGGUGAUAGAAUCCCGAGCCAAUGCCAAAGGGGUGCGUGAAGAGGAUGCCCUGCUGGAAAAUGGCAGUCAAGCUACUGAAAGUGAUGAUACUAGUACAGACCGGGGCCCGGAACCAACCUCUCCUCUCAAAGAGACUUCCUUUUCUAUUGGGCUUCAAGUCCUCUUUCCAUUCCUGCUGGCAGGGUUUGGAACGGUAGCUGCUGGAAUGGUGCUGGAUAUUGUGCAGCACUGGGACGUCUUCAAGUAUGUGACCGAAGUAUUUAUAUUGGUUCCAGCUCUCCUGGGACUGAAAGGGAAUUUGGAGAUGACACUAGCUUCUCGUCUUUCUACUGCUGCUAACAUAGGGCAAAUGGAUACACCAAAAGAGCUCUGGAAGAUGAUAAUAGGGAACAUGGCUCUGAUACAGGUUCAAGCAACAGUUGUUGGUUUUCUGGCUUCAAUUGCUGCAGUGAUAUUUGGCUGGAUCCCAGAUGGACACUUCAGCGUUGGCCACGCCAUUCUUCUUUGUGCCAGUAGUGUGGCCACUGCCUUCAUUGCCUCCCUUGUGCUGGGCAUGAUCAUGAUUGGCGUAAUCAUUGGUUCCAGAAAGAUGGGUAUCAAUCCUGACAAUGUGGCUACGCCUAUUGCUGCCAGCCUUGGUGACCUCAUUACCCUUGCUCUGCUUUCUGGGAUAAGCUGGGGCCUCUAUAUAGAACUGGAGGACAAGGCUUAUGUGAAUCCCUUGGUGUGUGCUUUUUUUGUUGCACUGCUGCCCCUUUGGAUCAUCAUUGCAAAGCGGAAUCCAGCAACCCAGGAGGUACUAUAUUCUGGCUGGGAACCAGUCAUCAUUGCCAUGGCAAUUAGCAGUGUUGGAGGAUUGAUAUUGGAUAAAACUGUGUCAGAUCCAAAUUUUGCAGGAAUGGCAGUCUUUACUCCUGUUAUAAAUGGUGUGGGUGGCAAUUUGGUGGCUGUCCAGGCUAGCCGCAUCUCCACUUAUCUCCAUAUGAGUGGGAUGCCUGGAGAGAAUUCAGGGAUAGUCCCUCGCAAGUGUCCAAGUCCCUGUAGCACCUUCUUCAGUUCAGAUGUGAAUUCCCGGUCUGCUCGGGUGCUCUUCCUCCUGGUUGUGCCUGGCCAUUUGGUUUUCCUUUACACCAUCAGCUCCAUGCAGGGAGGCCACACUACCCUCACUCUGAUAUUUAUAGUUUUCUACAUGACUGCAGCACUUCUCCAGGUUCUCAUUCUUCUUUACAUUGCUGACUGGAUGGUUCAUUGGAUGUGGGGUCGAGGCCUGGACCCGGACAACUUUUCUAUACCUUAUUUGACAGCACUGGGUGACUUGCUUGGGACAGGUCUUCUGGCACUCAGCUUCCAUAUCCUCUGGCUAAUUGGGGAUCGGGAUACUGAUGUGGGAGACUAACAGCACCCUUCCUCAGCUUCUUCAGUCCCCAGUUCAUCUCCUUCAGUGACAUUCCCCUGCCCCCGUGAAGCUUUGUUGCCACCCUCUGUCUUUCUUUGGGACUUUAACUUUGAUACUAGAUUCUCAUUAUUUUCAAUGGGAACUUUAUGUGGUUUAUAUUUCAAGCCAAGUAUGUACAGAAGAAUUAGUUUUAGGAAGGACAAACGCAAAUGUGUAAAGACAAUCACCAAGUGCAAUUUCAAAAUGGUUAACUAUAAGGUAUAAUAGAGAAAAAUUGAUCAACAAAUUUUAAAUAAAUCCCACCUUCCUCCAUCUGUACCCACUUAAGGCACUAGAUCAAUGAUUUUCAAACUUGGAAAUUUCAAGAUGUAUGAACUUCAACUCCCAGAAUUCCCCAGCCAGCAUG